AUUGUUUUGACACAAUAGUCGGAUGCCAUAUAAAAGAAAUAUUUAUUUAUUUUUCAACUUACUGAUUUAAGAAAGCACCGAAAAAGUAUAACUCAAAUUUAUUUGGAAGAUUUCGGCAAUAAAUAAUAACUAAAAGAGAAGCAAUGAAUUCGCCGUACGAUAUGCAACUCCAGCAACUUCACCAGCACUUUAUGAUGAUCAAUAACAAUGCCAACGCCAACAUGAUGUUACCAGGACCAAUGUCUUCACUACAAAUGCCACUAACAUCAAAAUCCAGAUACCAACAUGUAACAGAACCUAUUGUUGUAGACGAAAGUGAAGAUGAGGACGAUGAAGAGCAAAGAACUUUGUUUGUGGCGAAUCUGGAUGACCGCGUGACUGAGGAAUUGCUAUACGAAGCAUUUUUACAGGCUGGACCAAUUGAGCGUACACGAAUACCGAAGGAUAAUGCAGGCAGACAAAGAACAUUUGGUUUUGUCACAUACAACAAACGAUGUUCAGCUCCCUAUGCUAUGCAUUUACUGCAAGGUCUAUCGUUAUACCGCAAGACAUUGACCAUUAAGUUUAAAGGUAAAAACGUGCUGCCGCCUUUGAAGUCACCAGUUCUUGGUGCCGUAGGCAACCCACACAAAAGCUAUGACAAUUCAGCGCUGCGAAGUGGCAAUUUCUCAUCAUAUUCAGAUAAACGUAUGAUGGACAAUUCCUCGCCCACAUGCUCGUCACGGCAUCAGGAGCGUAUUUCCAAGCAUGCCUCGAGCCAAAUGAGACAACACUCGAGUUCAAGUCCGUAUCAGCAACGCCGUGAUUCUCCAAAUCUCUACGAUAAAUGGCGCAACCACAGCAAUCACAAUAAUGGUAAUAACAAUAAAAAUAGCAAUAAUCGCUACUCCGAUAAUCGCAGUGGGAAAUAUCGCAGAUAACCUUUUGGCUUCACGCAAAUGAAAUUUACAUUCAAAUUCGUAAAACUUCUGAUCACACUUUCUAUUAACAUAUACCAAAAUAGAUGUAAGAUUCUAUUGUACAUAUAUUCAGGUUCUUAGAUCUUUGAAUUGCCAUUUUUCACUUGAUUUACUUUUUUUACCACCAAAAAAACUUCAAUUUUCAUAUUUUGAACUUUUGCAUUCGGCGAAGAAACAUUACAUUACAUUUGAACAAACACUAUAUUUUGCCAAGGACUUUUUCUUUUAACCAUAUUAAAAUUAUAUACAUACAUAUAUAUAGUAAAUUUGGCUUUUCCUUCAACGAUUUCAUUUUGCUUGUAUGUAAAAGUGCAAAAAAGAACAUGACUUCUUGCUCUCAAUAAAUUCAUAUGUAACAGAUUGAAGGAAAUAGAAAAAUAUAUCCAAAUUUUUUUUUGAUAAACCUAUUCAGAAUGUGGGAUUAUUACUGUGGACGCAAUAAAAAAUUUAAACGAUUAUUGUCUUUAAAUUCACGUAACUUACUAAGCAUAUUCCUCACAAAGGUUUUAAUUAUUUAAUGCCUAUAUUGUAAUUAGACUUUGUAUCUUGUUAUUAAGA